AUGUUUCCUCCUUCUUCUCUUUACCACUACUCUCAUAGUCAUGAUACAUCUUCAUUCAAGAGUUUCUGGUUCUUCAUUCCAUCUACCUUAGCUCUAUUAACCUCACUUUCCAUUCUCUUCUAUGUUUACUAUACUUCAAUCAUCUUCACCAUUCAUCAUCAACACCACAACCUCCAACCUAUUUUCCACUUCAAAACACCAUCAUCUCAAACCUUACUCAACAAUGAUUCUGAGUUCAUCAAGUCUCACUCUUUCAAAUUGGAUGAUCAUGGACUACAAAGUCAAAAGGAAUCAAAUCUACAUGCAAAUGCUAUUACUCAUGGUUCACGAAAAUUUGAGGAAAACAACAAUUUGUUCCAUGAUAAAGAUAUAUUUAUGGAAGAUUAUAAGGAAAUGAAUACAAGCUUUAAAAUAUACGUUUAUCCACACAAGAAAGAUGAUCCUUUUGCAAACGUGCUUUUGCCAGUGAAAUCUGAACCUAGUGGAAACUAUGCCAGUGAAAGUUACUUCAAAAAAGCGCUUAUGAAAAGCCAUUUUAUCACAAAAGAUCCAGCACAAGCUGAUCUUUUCUUCAUGCCAUUUUCCAUAGCAAGCUUACGGCACGAUCGCCGAGUCGGCGUAGGAGGUAUCAAAGAUUUCAUUAGAGACUAUGUUCAGAAAAUCAAUCAGAACUAUCCGUAUUGGAAUCGCACCGGCGGCGCGGAUCAUUUUUACGUGGCAUGUCAUUCAGUUGGAAGGACUGCCAUGGAGAAAGCAGCAGAUGUGAAAUUCAAUGCCAUUCAAGUUGUUUGCUCGUCAAGUUAUUUCUUAUCAGGUUAUAUUGCUCACAAAGAUGCAUGCUUACCGCAAAUUUGGCCGAGAAAUGAUGUUAACUCCUUCAACCUUGUUUCAUCCAAUAGGAAAAAACUAGCUUUCUUUGCUGGAGCAGUGAAUUCUCCGUUACGGAGAAUUGUCGUUGAGACAUGGAAAAAUGAUUCGGAAAUCUUUGUUCAUCAUGGAAGAUUGAAAACACCAUACGCAGAUGAGUUAUUAGGAAGCAAGUUUUGUCUUCAUGUUAAAGGCUAUGAAGUGAACACUGCACGUGUAGGAGAUUCAUUGUACUAUGGCUGUGUUCCGGUGAUCGUUGCCGAUUAUUAUGAUCUUCCAUUUGUAGAUGUUUUGAACUGGAAGAGCUUUUCUGUUGUUGUGACUGCGUUAGAUAUACCUUUUCUGAAGAAGAUUCUGAAAGGUGUAGUUAGUUCUGGUGAGUAUUUGAAGCUAAAGAGGAAUGUGUUGAAGGUUAGAGAACAGUUUCAAUGGCAUUCACCUCCACUUGAUUUUGAUGUGUUCUAUAUGGUUAUGUAUGAGUUAUGGCUUAGACGAAGUUCUAUACCGAUUUUGUUGGAGGAUUCUUAA